ACGCUUUCCCCCGAUCCAUCCCAUCGUCAACAUCGAACCUCCCCCUCCGAGCCCCAGCCCCAACCUCCCCCUCCUCCGCCGCUCUCAUGGCCUCCGAGCAGGACGGCGCCGCCGUCUUCCCCGACGAGGAGGACCUCGACGACGACGACGACAGCCAGGACGACGACGACGACGAGGAGCUCCUCCCCAACCACGCCUCCUCCGCCCCCGGCGUCGGCGUCGGCGUCGGCGUCCUCCCCGACGACGACGACGACGUCUUCGACGACGACGCCGACUCCGCCUCCACCUCCUCCUCCCUCCCCACCGCCACCCCCUCGACCACCACCUCCCCCACCCCGCUUCCUCCGCCUCCGCCUCCGCCUCCGCCGCCGCCGUCACCGUCGCCGUCCCCGCCCCCUCCGCUCCGAUCCCCUCCCCCUCCCCGUCCCCUCCGCCCCCGCCGCCGCCGCCGCUCCCCCUCCGCCUCCGCCGCGGUCUCCAUCGCCGCCCCGGCCGCCUCCCCCGUCCCCCGAUCGUCGGCACGAUCUCCCCUCCGAGCUCAAGCGGCCCUCCCCGGCCGUGACCGUCGCCAAGCCCCUGUUCCAGCGCCUCUGGACCGACGAGGACGAGAUCGAGCUCCUCCGCGGGUUCCUCGACUACACCACGCAGCGCGGCGGGGCGCCCUCCGGCGGCCACCACGACACGGCCGCGUUCUACGACCAGAUCAAGUGCAAGCUCCAGCUCGAUUUCAACAAGAACCAGCUCGUCGAGAAGCUCCGCCGGCUUAAGAAGAAGUACCGGAACGUGCUCAGCCGGAUGAGCUCCGGAAAGGACUUCGCUUUCAAGAGCCCCCACGACCAGACCACCUUCGAGAUCUCCCGCAGGAUCUGGACCAACGUCGCCGCCGCCCCCCUCGGCUCUAACAACGACCACAUCGACGACGAGGACGACGCCGUUCGGAACCCUAAUUUCAAUAAUCACCUUUUUACAACUCCUAAUCCUAACCCUUUUUUCGAUCCGGCCACGACGCCCACCAAGUCGCGCAAAAGGCAGCGUCCUCCGCAGCCACAGUCUCAUCCGCAGCAGGUGCAGGUGCAACUACAGCAUGUGAAGGUGGAGGACAGGAAUUUAGGGGUCGAUGGCCCCACUAUGUCGAAUAAUGCGAAUCCCAAUUUGAAUCUGAAUGUGAACGCGAAUUCGAAUGCGAAUGCGAGUCCGGGUGUCGCGGGAGUGAUUGAGGAUACUGUGAGGAGCUGCUUGUCGCCAUUGUUUAAGGAGUUGUUGAGUGGGGCUGCAGUGGCCGGGGGAUUUGGUGGCGGGGGAUCAAGAGGAGGGUUUGGGUAUAUUACGGCGGCGUUGAAUCCGUUGCCGUUCAGUUAUGGAGUGGGACUCGGAGUGGGCAGCACCGGCGAAACUGGGGAUGAGAGGUGGAGGAAGCAGCAGAUAAUGGAGUUGGAGGUGUAUUCGAAGCGGUUGGAGUUGGUGCAGGAUCAUAUCAAGGCGACUAUAGAGGAGCUGCGCUCUAGCGGAGGGGGUGAUUUAAGGAAUUAGCCACUGCGCUUUUCAUUUUCAUGGGAUGUCAGUUGUAAGUGAGUUUGAGUUUUCUUGUUUCCCCCACUCAAGUUUCGCAAAAUAGAUUGGGCAUUGAUAAAUAGUUGACACUUGAUAGUGUAGUGGCCAGUUGAGGUUUCGGUUUCACCUUUCUUUGAAAGAUGAUAGGGCAGUUGUUGAAUAAUUAUUUCUAAUUAUUUAGCCUCCGAUAGAUUGGUCAUGUUUUCCUGGGUUAUGUAGAUAAUGGCGACUAUGAAUCGACAGUGGUAGAUGAAAUAAUUGAAUUGCUCUAACUUGCCUGGCAGGAUCUGUCCUGUAGGAUUUCUGAAUUGUCUUCAGUUCAUGUAAGUUCUUAUGUUUUGUGGUGGUUGAUUAGAUUUAUGGGAGUUGGGUAUUCUGAUUUUCUUUUGUAUCAUCAGCUUUGUUGAAAACCUGUAUGAUCUGCGAU